AUGUCUACAGUCAUCCAAACGAGCGGUUCCUGGCCAGGGUUUAUAGGUUUGAAGCGUCUAAUUAUAUUUGGGGACUCGUACUCUGACGUUGGGUACCAUGCAGGAAGACCACAUCCCACCGAGGAGAACCCUCUCGGUGUCGAGUUCCCCGGAACCACCUGGGCGGAGGAGGGCGAGCCGAAUUGGGUUGGGCACCUCAUCACGAACUACCCGCCCGCGCCGCUACUGGUGUAUGACCUCGCGCAUGGCGGCGAUACCAUCGCUGGGGUACGAGCGCAGGUCGAGAGGGGCUUCCUGCGUCAAUUAGUGGAUAAGCCCUAUUGGUGCCAAUGGAACGCCAACGACACGCUUUUCGUGACUUGGGUGGGCAUCAACGACUGCGCAUUCGCCACAGAGACCACAAUACCCAACUUCAUAGACAAACUCUUCGACUUACAAGAGCAGUUGUACGAGGCCGGGGCGCGCAGCUUCCUGCUUAUCGACGUUCCCCCUGUCCAUCGGAGCCCUGCAGGACGGAAGGCCUCGUCUACAGUCCCAGGCAAAGGACCUUCGGUGCGGCUGGAGCUCUGGAACAAACUGCUGCUCGAGAGUGCACAGCACUUUGCCUCAAAGCACGACCAGGCGACCGUCCUAUACUUCUCGUCCUGGACGACAUUCUCGCGUGUCAUGGACGACCCCGUGUCCUACGGCUUCACGCAGGAAGACACCGAGGUACCUGCCAGCCGUAUGUGGGUUGAUUUCCUGCACCCUACCAGCGACAUGCACGAUAUCAUCGCUCGCGAUGUCGCGGACUUCUUAACCGGCAUUGUACCUCACAAAGCAUCGCAAGCUCCAUCCGAGUGAAACCCGUUCUGUACAGGUCGAAGACACUGUAAAGCACCUUCAACAAUCACUCUCAGUAUGCAGCAGUCAGUAAGGCGAUGCGCUGAUAUUCUGCUGUAACUAUUCUUCGGAUCGGAUAAUGUACCAUGUACCAACGCACGAGUGAAACUGUAUGAGAAUCAGUGUGGACCGGUCGAUGUGUCCACAGGCCAAGCCCCGAUGACAGGUUACUGCCGAG